AUGGUGUAUUGGCUGCAUCAGCGACAACUUCCCCAACGCAGGUGCGAGUGCGAGUGCGCCGUGCAAGACGUUGCCGAAUUCGUCACGGCGCGGGUGAAUCCAUCCAUGCUCAGCAUGCUCAGGGUGAGCUCUAGACAAGUGUCGGCACACUACAUUGCAUUGCCGCGAGGUCCACUGGGAUGGGAUGCCCCGUGUGUUGUCCGAGGUCUGUUGUCCAAGGCCGAAACACCAGAAGUGAGCUUCCGACGCAAAUCCCGACCGAGAACCUUCAAUUGGCAUCACCACCAUCGCACCCGUAACCACCCACCCCAAUCUCUCCCAUCACCAAUCCUCGCUCCGUCACCAAUCGCCAACAUGGUCUUCGCGUGGAAAGCCGCCGGCAUCACCUACAACCGCUUCCUGGCCGUGUCCGCACGUGCUGUGCGUCGCAGCCUCAAGGAGGACAAGAGGAUCAUCGCCGAGCGCCGCGGUGCCGUCGCCGAGAUCAGGUUCGCCAAGUGGGAGAACGGCAAGAUGGGCGAGCCCAAGGACCUCGUCAAGGCCAACGCCGCCCAGGCUGUCGAGAAUGCCGCCGCCGGCUCCUCGUAA